GGCGUGAUCCUCGCGACUUCCACUGCAGCAGCAGCAGGAGGAGGAACCGGAAGUGUGUAUCGUGGAUGGGGAAAAAAGGGAAAAAGAAGAAAUCUGUGGAACUGGAAAAGCAGGCCGGAGAAUCUGUGAACGAUAUGGGAUCUAAAAGCCAGUAUGGAGCUGUCCUUCUAGCAUUAAUCGCGGUGAUUUUCGCCGUUUCCGGUUCCGCUCUCCGGUCACAGCUGGACUGGUCGCGUCCCAGCAGGAAAACUCCAGUGCUGAAGAUGGACGAAGCGUUUCUGACCGUCCUGAAUGAGAUCCAGAAUGAUCUGAUCCUCUUCGUACUGUCAGACCAGUGUUACCAGUGUUUGCCCCAGCCAUUGGGGAUUGUACCAUCAGUUUCAGAGCUGGGGAAUGUUUCAACAGUGAGCUUCACAGUGAGCACACAACAUGCACUCACGCUCCAGCUAAACAGCACACCAGCUAACACUGAGCACUGCAGAGUUCACUUCCACUUCGGGGAGCAGGGGAACUACUCACUGUGGGUGAAGAACCUGACCAACCCCAGUCGCAUUAACUGCACCAUCAUCACCGUCACAGAACCCAUCAACUCCUACCUGCCUCUGCUCAUUGCGUUGGUGGUGUGUGUAGCAGUGUGUGUGUUAGCUGUAGUGCAGAGGUCAGUGAUGAGGCUGAACUUUGUGAGGAAGCUUAUCCUACAUGUAGGGAGCAGCAUGGAGGCCGAGAGACUCAUCAACUCCGAUCUCGGUUCUCCUGGUAGAAUUGUGGAAUCCACUGAGUCUAUCACCCCACCCACCACUGGGAGACGCCUCCGAUCCCUCGACACAUUCAGAGGGUUUGCUCUGGUGAUCAUGGUGUUUGUGAAUUAUGGAGGGGGACGUUACUGGUUCUUUCGACACCAGACCUGGAAUGGACUCACUGUGGCUGAUCUCGUCUUUCCUUGGUUUGUGUUCAUCAUGGGGACGUCUGUGUCUCUGUCCCUCAGCAGCUCUCUGGCUCGGGGACUGAGAUGUUCUCGUCUGUUGAUGAGAAUCUGUUGGAGGAGUUUCCUGCUCUUUAUCAUCGGAGUCCUCAUCAUCAACCCCAGUUACUGCAGCGGCCCACUCUCCUGGGAAACCCUCCGUAUUCCAGGUGUACUACAGCGCCUGGCGUUUACGUACCUAAUUGUGGCCAUGUUGGAUGUUUCCAUGACUCGAGCUCGGCUGGGCGGAUCGUCUACGGAUGUCUGGUGGUAUCCAGUCCAUGACGUCAUCCUCUAUUGGCCGGCGUGGGUGUGUGUGUUUCUGCUGGAAACUCUGUGGCUGUGUGUGACGUUCCUGCUGCCGGUACCAGCCUGCCCGAGUGGAUAUCUGGGUCCAGGUGGAAUUGGAGAUUUUGGAUUUUACCCAAAUUGCACUGGAGGAGCUGCAGGUUACAUCGACCGCUGGCUGCUGGGAGUAAACCACAUUUACCAAACACCAUCAUCACGGGUUGUGUAUCAGACCACAGUCCCAUAUGACCCUGAGGGUGUUUUGGGAAGCAUUAACUCCAUACUCAUGGCUUUCCUCGGCCUUCAGGCAGGAAAGAUUCUCCAGCACUACAGUGAUCACCCCAGACAGAUAAUGACCCGUUUCCUCAUAUGGAGUUUUGUCCUGGGAAUCAUCUCAGCUGUUCUGACUAAAUGCUCCAGAGAUCAUGGUUUCAUCCCCGUCAACAAGAACUUAUGGUCUCUGUCGUAUGUAACAACGCUCAGCUGUUUUGCCUUCGUGUUGUUGAUGUCAUGCUAUUACAUAGUGGAUGUGAGGAGGUGGUGGAGCGGAGCACCAUUCUUCUACCCAGGUAUGAACUCCAUUCUGGUCUAUGUGGGUCAUGAGGUGUUUCAAGAUUACUUCCCAUUCCGCUGGAAAAUGAGAAACAGCCAAUCGCAUGCUGAGCAUCUGACACAGAACCUGCUGGCCACGUGUGUGUGGGUGCUAAUCUCCUACAUCCUCUACAGGAAGAAGAUCUUCUGGAAGAUUUGAAUUCACACAUUAUCACCACCUCAUACACCCCAGACCUCAAUCCUCCUCCUCCUCCUCCUCCUCCCCCCCAUCCUCAGUCCUCCUCUUCCCCUCAAUCCUCCUCCUCCAUCCUCCCCCUCUUCUCAUCCUCAAUCCUCCUCCUCCCCAUCUUCAGUCCUCGUCUUCCCCUCAAUCCUCCCCCUCCCCUCGUCCUCAAUCGUCCUUCUCCAUCCUCCCCCUUCCCUCAUCCUCAAUCCUCCUCCUCUCAAUCCGCCCCUCCUCCUCUCAUUCUCAAUCCUCCUCCUCCCCAUCAAUCCUCCAUCCUCCUCCGCCUCCUCUGAAUACUCCCCCUCUUCAAUCCUCCUCCUCCCCUGAAUCCUCCUCUCCUGAAUCCUCCUCCCCUGAAUCCUCCUCUUCCCCCCCGUCCUCAAUCCUCCUCCUCUUCCCCCAUCCUCAAUCCUCCUCCUACUCCCCCCCAAUCCUCCUCCCCAUGCAGCUUUCAUAAAUAAUUAAGAGAUCACUCCUCCUGAUUAAUAACUUACUGACUUACAGUAAUUCAAAUAUCUGAAGAGUACAGUAGCCUUUUAUUAUUAAUCAGGCAGGAAGUGAGGAAAUCUGAGGGUCACUCAAGAUUGGAUGCCAAAAAAGUGAACAAUAUUGGAACAGCAGGUUCCGUUGGAUCACUUGACAUUCUGAAAAGUGCUAAUAAACCAUUCUGUCCCAAAACCAUUCAAACAAAGCCGACAAGAUUCAUGAGCUGAACUCAAACCCUGUAGAACCUGGUCGGAGCCACAAUAAUCCCAAAUUACUAAUAAAACAAAGAAAGAAAAAGAAAUGUUAAGUUUUUAAAUUCAAUCAUGUAUCUGUGGGGUCUCGUCUCCUUCCUCCUCUUUUAUUUUUACUCUUUUGAGAUCCUCACAUGGUCGAUAAAUUAAGUGUAAUAUUAUUCACUAUUAUAAAACCUGGGAUAAAUAUUCCAGCUGUGAGAUACAUUUUGUUCUCCUCGGGGUCAGUGGUGGGGUGCGGUGGGGCUUAAGUUAACGCUGAUCAGCCAAUCAAAAACUUUGUCAUCUCAUCACUAGCUGAUCUUUUCACCCUUGUCUCAACAACCUCGUUAGUAUUCAAUUAAUUAUACAAUGGAAUAAUUAGUGCAAAGUUAGCUAGGUAGCUUCUCUAAUGUAAAUACAUAAUUGUGAUUAAGGUCAGUAUUUUAUGCUAUUUCAGUAUGUCAAGAUCAAAUUUCACUUCAGCUCUGCCCUUACUCUUAUUUUCUCAUUAAUUAGCACAAUUCUUGGUCUAAUUGCACAUAAUGGUACGAGUUCCUCAAUCACAACUCCAGUCCUUUCUCUUUUUUAGCUAGAGAGAGGGAGAGAGAGAAAGAAAUGCAGUGUAUUGUGAUAUAAUUAUUCGGUAGAAUAAAACUUAUGAUUAAAGGAUAAACGAGAUGAGCAGUGGAACAUCUCAGCUGGCUAUUUUCUUCUAAUUUAGAUGCUUUUGGGAUUUUUAUUACAUGUUUAUUUCUUGUGUAAAUGUGAGAUUCCUAAACCAGAUGGACGAUUUUAUAACCUGUUACGCCGUAAAACUGUUUACUCAGCAUUUUUAUUAUUCAGAACACUAAAACUUUAUAUUGCCAAAUACCACAGUUUCGAACAAAUUCACACAAUGUUUUAUGCAAUAAUUUAAGUGUUGGUGUGAAUUCUGAAUUUAUAAACACUGAUAUUAAUGUACUUUUAUUUUAGUUUUUAUACUUGUUCUACCUUAAAUUACAA